ACUCGCCAGUUUAUAUUUUUAGCCUACGCAGUGCAGACGUUCAGUGUAUGUUAAAAACUCAGUGUAUAUCGCAAUUGUCUUAAUAACUUAAAAUAUUUGUUUCUUUGACUGUAAAGAAAAGAAUUAUUGUGCCAUGGCCAAGAAACUGCAAAUGUGCGGCACGGAGGAGGAGAUGCGUGAAGUGGCGGGCAGGAUCUGCAGAAACUAUUUGCACGGCGCCUGGAAGAGUGUCAAACCUACGGAACUGAUCUUCAGGCGUAUCAGCGGAGGUCUAUCAAACUUCCUGUACUACGUUGCAUUACCCGAUGACGCCACCAAGCUCGGCGGUUACCUACGCCGUGAGAACUCCCCGGAUACGGAGCCAGAGGCAGCCGGUAUAAAGUUCCCGGGCAAGUCCAUGGGAAGGUUGGGUUCUUUCUCCAUUGAGGAACCCACAAAGGUUCUAUUAAGAAUUUACGGUCAAGUGCACGGCGAGCGAGCAAUCGACGCUAUAGUAACUGAAUCUGUCAUAUUCACGUUGCUGUCGGAAAGACGAUUGGGUCCCAAAUUGCAUGGCGUCUUCUCGGGCGGCAGAAUAGAAGAAUAUAUACCGGCGCGUCCUCUUUUAACAAGGGAGUUAGCGGAGCCGGCGUUAUCGAUGAAGAUAGCUGAGAAGAUGGCAGCCAUACAUUCAAUGGAUGUGCCGCUGUCCAAAGAGCCCAACUGGUUGUGGAAGACGAUGGCCAAAUGGCUGAGGACGGUCAGAAGCGAGCGGCUCACUAAAUACGCUAUCGGAAAGAAUGAAGAAGAAGAAGAGAUAAUAAAACGUUUGAAGACAGUGGACUUUGAAAACGAGAUUGAGUGGCUCAAGAAAUUCAUCGCCUCCAUCGAAUCUCCUGUUGUCUUCUGCCAUAACGACCUGCAAGAAGGUAACAUUCUACUUCUGGAAGAUAUCCAGCCCACAACAGAGGAUGAUGUGUCAGACUACGUGCAGACUUACAGCGUGGAGGCGCCUCAGUCUGACAAAGAGAACAAUCAUACGAGUCUAGAACGACUGACACAGUUUGAGGACACGAGCACAUCGGACAGUGUUACCAGUCACAUCUCAGACAGCGGGGAACCUAAACUAGCGCUUAUUGAUUUUGAAUACUGUGCUUAUAAUUACAGAGGCUUCGAUAUCGCAAAUCAUCUCCAGGAAUGGGCGUAUGAUUACACGAACCCUGAACCUCCCUUUUACUAUGAGAACCAGGAGAAUUGGCCAAAUCUAGAGCAAAAGGAGAUAUUCAUCAAGGAGUAUCUUAAGCAUUACUUCACCAGCCCCUCUGAGAUCAAGGAGCCUUCCAUUGACGACAUCAACCAUCUCCUCACUGAAGUGGAGGCGUUCGCUCUCGCCAGCCAUCUCUUCUGGAGCCUGUGGUCCAUUGUCAACGCAUCCAAGAGUCAGAUACCUUUCGGAUACUGGGAGUACGGUCUAUCCAGGGUAGAGACAUACCUUCGUUUAAAGCAGGAAGUUAUAAAAAAGGAAAAAUUUGGUUUCCCCCAGAAGAGGAAAAUAUGUGAAGUCGACAUAUGAGAGGGUUGCAGCGCGCUCACUGUGUAGGCUAGUGCUAUCCCGCUCUAACGGACUAGUAUAGUACGGGAGAGAGAGGGACGGACGAUGUGCGAUGAAUUUCCUGUCUCAAAUGUCAAGGAAGAAGUAUAAAUAAGAAAAUAAUAAAGUGCAAGUAUUUUAAGUGUUAAUAUUUAUUUUAAAUUGGGUGUAUAUUAUAUAAAGAUUUCUGUGAUAUGUGAUUAUGAAACAUCCUGUAUCUGUUGUUGACGAAAACAUGAUACAGGUUGUUAGAAUUUUCUAAUCACUUUUUGUAUUGAAAUAUAUAAAGAAUAAUAUUUAUAAAACCACUUAAAAUGUCACAAAUAUACAAAAGAAUUACGUGUUUUGAAACAUCCUGUAUAUGGCAGUAUUUGUAGACGAAAGUUUGAUAAUUUUUACGCCUUAAGUUUAAAGAAAAGAAAUAUUGCUUUUAAAUAUUUACGAUUAAUUAAAAAAAAAAACAUAAUUAUGUAAUUAACACAUCAAAUAUAUUCCAUUUACUAAUUAAUAUUGCUUAUAUACAUCAAUACAAAGAGUGUAUAAAAUCAUAGGAAUAAUAAAAUAAACCCUAUCAUUAUUAUGUUAAAUACUUAAUCAAUUUCUGACAUUACAAACUAAUUUAUUAUACUAAACUGAUAUAUAAACACGGCUAAACACUGACGUAUGUUCGUCCGGUGG